UAUGCCAAAAACUCAAGAGACUACUAAUGCUACUUAAUUUGAGUAUGUGGACAAAAAGUGUAAUGCGAAAACCCAUCAGGACUUCUUGUGUAAUGAGGUCAAAUUAAAGACCAAAAUCCCCAAUUAUGAUGACCAAUUAGCAGUACACUUGAGAGUUGAGACAGCGCAGGAGUACGAAAAUGGCAAGUUCAGGUUCAACCUCGGAAAAUUUCUCGGUGUUGGUAUUGGCGUCGGAUUUAGGCAUAGAUGCCCGGCCGUUUUUGUCCCAUUCGGACCCUGAAACUCAAGAAGAAAACUGGCAUGACUGCCCUUCUUAUCUCGACGAAGAUUUCUCUGAUCUUGAAGCCCUUCAAUUCUUCCGUCUUGAACCCGGCUCUGAUAAAGCCGGCAACCGUAUCUUUCGCAUCGUCGGCAAAUACUUCCCUGGUAUCUCCCACUGUCUCUUCUGCUAUCUUUGAUGUUCUGUUCUGCUGUUAGAAUUUUUCCCUUUGGGGCUGGGUUUACCCAUUUUAAUAGUCUGGGUUGAAGCUCUGUCUGUGAGUUCAAUCUAUGUAGUUAACUCUUGGUUCGGAUUUGUUUUUCCCUUUGCCGAUUGAGCUUUUCCUUGUGUAAUUAUCUGUUUUCCUUUACAAUUUCUGGAAUAUGUUCACAUACUAUGUACAUGCUGAAAAAGCUUGCAUUUUGGGGGCUCGCUUUUUACUUUCUGUAAUUAUGUCGUUUUCGUUACUUUUGUGUAAUAGAUUUCUUCUGGUCUAAAAUUUGAGGCAUAAUUUCUCUUAAAAAUUUGAAUGAAACACCCGGAAAUAUGUAUAGGAGCUCUGAGUUUUGGUGGGUUUAUGAGUUCAGUUUUCCCCAUGGUGAAAGCAUCUUGAGCCCUGCUUGUCCGGAAACAUCUCUACGGAGUAUCCUACUGCUCUUUGAUCAACGAUAAUGCCUCGCUCUGGGCUGGAUGCAUAUUAUAGAUUCUUAUAAGGACUUUUCGCUUUGAGAUUUUGAUGGCUGGAUGAGUUUAGAUGUCCAUGUAUUAUUAUGUCAGAGUUGAUGGUUUGUUUCCCUGAACUCAAAUGCAUUGUCGAAUUUUCUUAACAUUGAUCCUUUCGCGUCUUAUAUGUCAGUGUUCCUAGUUUUGAAGUGGCUGAAUUUUUGUGUUAAUCUUGAUCUUUUCUAUUUUCUGCUUGUUAACAUUUCAGCUCCAGUGGUAAGUGGCGAACGGCUGAAGAGAUAUGUCUUCCACAAAAUUUCCUCGGAAAUGCCACAAGGGCCAUACUGUAUCGUAUACAUGCAUAGUACAGUGCAGAAGGAUGAUAAUUCUCCUGGACUCACCAUCUUGAGGUGGAUUUAUGAAGAACUACCUGCUGAUUACAAGGACAGGCUUCAGAGUGUGUACUUCAUUCAUCCUGGUCUUAGAUCAAGGCUUGUCUUUGCUACAUUGGGCAGGUUUUUCUUGACCGGAGGCCUAUACUGGAAAAUCAAGUAUAUUAGCCGGUUACAAUAUCUCUGGGAACACAUAAAGAAAGGAGAAGUUGAAAUUCCUGAGUUUGUUCAGCAACACGAUGAUGUUCUGGAGCAUAGGCCACUGACUGAUUAUGGGAUUGAACCUGAUCCUCUUCAUGUGACUGAGAUUUCUUCAAUGCCGUGCUCAUUUGGAAGACACGAGGCAGGAUGGGCAUCCAGAGAAUACAGGUCAUAGCAAAUCUAUCGCUUGGACAACUAGAGAAGCAAUGGUAGUUCGUAUUUGCAAAGCCUUUGAUAGUUUAAUCUGUGAUCUUUGUGUGACAUAUGUACUCAUACCUACUGGUGGUGUAAUGAAAGCAUGGUCCUGAUCUUAAACCUUUUCCUGUUGUUCUAGUUUGGGUGGAAACGUGAUUAAUGUAUAUUCAUGGAAUUUAGAUUACCAUUGUUCCACUUCAAUGUCAUAAACUUCCUAUUGUAAAUAGCAGUUUGUCUAAUCCUAAUUAGUGUGUUCUAUAUGAGAUGCUACAGGUACAGCUGUGAUUCUUCAAUUUCUGCUUAUCUAGAUUCCAUAAAGGCUAUUUCAGAUCAAGAGCAGUGUACUUCCAUGUGCAUAUUUAUAGAGAGGAUAUUGACAUUAGCCGUAUCUGUUUGUUUGCGGUCAACAUUUCUGGUAUACAUUGUUUUCAGUCAGUGUAAGGAUAUUCAAAAUGAGAACUCCAUUAACUCCCCAUGUCAUCAGAUUUAUCUCCAAGAACUAAAAUGUGACCACAUUUUAGCCAAGCAGUCUAAAAUUACCUUUAUUUUGGGAUAGCUCUAUACUAUUCAGGUUCUAAGGAAGGAGGGUUCCUUUUGACUAUCUUCACUACUCCCUUCAUCCUGGAAAAUAUACUGUGUUAGUCCAACAAAGUGGGUUAUUUGAUGAAUUAAUAC